AAUAUUUUUGGUGUCUAAAACACAGCACAAGAUAGAAAUGAAGAAGGAUACUAUUCAUCAUCAUGGCGGCAUCCCCGCCGCCCUCCUCGUCAUGAUGGCAUUCUAUUGCUCUCUUGCGUCAACUGUCGUCGCCGGCGAAGAGUUUGUGGUCGGUGGCGCAAAGGGGUGGCGCCGCCCCGACCAAAACCAUACCGAAAUGUACCUCCACUGGUCCUCCAACCGCAGAUUUCACGUCGGCGAUUCCAUCCGUUUCGAGUACAAGAAUGACAGCGUGAUGGAGGUGGACAAAUGGGGUUACUACCACUGCGACGCAACCCACCCCAUCUCGGCGGCGGACGACGGCAAUACCACCGUCUAUCUGGACAGGAGCGGCCCCUUCUACUUCACUAGCGGCAACUACGACCACUGCAAGGACGGGCAGCGUCUCCAAGUGCAGGUCCUCCCGUUGCAUGAUCAAUAUGCUCCGCCGCCGGCCAUGUCGCCUUUCUCGUCGCCGACCUCACAUUCCGGCGGCGCUUUUCUUCCGUCGCCCGCAUCCUUCUCGGUGUUCAUUUUCGCUCUCAUCAGCGUCGCCGCCACUGCCGCCCGUAUCGCUUAAUUAAUGCAUUUUCCAGCCAGCAUGUCAUCGUGCAAUAAUAUUGUUUAAUUUCG